UUGGUUAUGUCAGUCUUGAAUGCUUUUUACAGCUUUUGGGCAAUCAUCCAGCAGUCCAUUUGAGUCCCAAUUUUGAGGGGCAAGUAACGCAACCGAUCCCUUUGGCACUCUAACGGGGAGCUCCGAGAACGGUAGAACUUCAACUGGUGUCUUUGGUGCUACUCAACCCUCUUCGCCUUUUUCUACUGUGCCUGUCUUCGGUGCUUCAUCUUCACCAUCUUUUGGAACUUCAACACCCGCUUCUGGUGCAUCGUCAACUCUUGCUUUGGGAAGCUCUUCCUCAAUUUUUGGUGAUCAUGGGACAAAUCGAAGAGUAUGUUGACAUUUGUUCUAUAACUCAGUUUCUGUGCUUGGCAAAUUGAGAGGCGAGAAUGAUAGUAGUUCGUCUGCGAUUCCAGCACAGCAGAAGCCAAAAGGCAAGCAACUUGAAUUAUGGUCAAGGAAUGCAAAAUAACACAUAAGCUCAAGGAAAGUCAGAAGGAAGGCAGGAUCUUCUCUUUUUGGACAAAAUCCUGCUUUUGGUGGGUUUGGUUCGACUACUCCAACAAGUCCUCUUAGAAGCACAAGGCAGCAAACACAGCCGGCAUUUAGGAGCAGUGUUCUUGUUUCCUCCCUAACCUCCGGUGCAUCAGGGAUUUCUCAUCAGUUCAUGUGACGUGAAAGUUCCCUCGUGUGAUGGAUUAUGACAUCUUCCUUCACUUAUGCAUCGCCGGUUUUCAACCUUUUGUUGCCUGAUGAAUUUUUUGGAGUGCUUUUCUCUUAUGUCUGCCACGAGUAUCCAGCAGUGUGUUACCUGUGUUUUCUUCAUGAACUUUUCUUAGUUAGUCCAAUUCAUCUUUUGCAUAUCAGUGUGACACUGCUAAUUUAUUUGCUAUGCCUUCCUUCUCGCUGCAUACAUAAAAGUCCUACUUGUUGAGAUAGCGUUGUAGGAUACUUAUUCUAGAGCAACUGAAUGUCUUUUCCGGGCCAUGUGUAUUUGUUUCUUUAUACGCUUUAGCGACAAGAAUUGUGUGCUUAUCUUGUUUUAUUGUGUUACAUCUAUUGUCACCCUCUUUGGUUAUGUUAAUUGGAAUGCUUUUUACAGCUUUUGAGCAAUCAUCUGGCGGUCCCUUUGGGAUCCAAUCAGUCUUUGGGCAGGCAAGUAACUCAACCAAUCCUUUUGCCCCAAAACAUUUUGGUAACCCAAACCCUUUUGGCACUCAAAUGGGGAGCUCCAUGUUUGGUGGAACUUCAACUGGUGUUUUUGGUGCUACUCAACCCUCUUCGCCUUUUUCUACUACGUCUGCCUUUGGUGCUUCAUCUUCACCAUCUUUUGGAACUUCAACACCCGCUUCUGGUGCAUCAUCAACUCCCGCUUUUGGGAGCUCUUCCUCAGCUUUUGGUGUCUUCUUUUUGAACAGGAGACAAAAGCCUUCUUUUGGUGGGUUUGGUUCGAUCCCUCAAACAAGUCCAUUUGGAAGCACAAGUCAACCAUCACAGCCAGCAUUUGGGGGCAAUGUUUUUGGUUCCUCCACUUUUGGUGCAUCAAGUCAGUUAGCAUUUGGUGCUAAUAGUACUUCUGCCUUUGGUUCUACCAGCACCCCUUCAUUUGGAGCUACUACAUCUGCCUUUGGACAAGCAAGCACUCUUGCCUUUGGUUCAAGCACUCCAUUUGGGAGCACAGGCAACGCAUUUGGCUCAUCAACCACCCCAGGGUUCUGCACUGGGGGAACUUUUGGGACUUCCAAUGCACCACUUUUUGGAUCUUUGACUACCCCUGCAUUUGGCGCAUCUGAUGCUCCUAUAUUGGGUGCUUCAAGUGCAUCAAGUCAGUCAGCAUUUGGUGCUACUAGUACUUCUUCCUUUGGUUCUACCAGUACCCCUUCAUUUGGAGCUACUUCAUCUGCCUUUGGACAAGCAAGCACUCGUGCCUUUGGUUCAAGCACUCCAUUUGGGAGCACGGGCAGUGCAUUUGGCUCAUCAACCACCCCAGGGUUCUGCACUGGGGGAGCUUUUAGGACUUCCAGUGCACCACUUUUUGGAUCUUCGACUACCCGGCAUUUGGCGCAUCUGCUGCUCCUAUACUGGGUGCUUCAAGUGCAUCAAGUCAGUCAGCAUUUGGUGCUACUAGUACUUCUUCCUUUUGUUCUACCAGUACCCCUUCAUUUGGAGCUACUUCAUCUGCCUUUGGACAAGCAAGCCCUCCUGCCUUUGGUUCAAGCACUCAAUUUGGGAGCACAAGCAGUGCAUUUGGCUCAUCAACCAUCCCAGGGUUCUGCACUGGGGGAGCUUUUGGUACGUGCUUUUCAGGUUCCUCAAGGAAACACACAGUGGAAAUUUUUGGGUAUCAUCACUAUGAUGAAUUUUUGAGUUAGUUGUUCAUUGGAGAUGUAUAUACAUCUUUUUGAUAGAUUGUGAAAACUCUCGUAUUAUAAUUAGAGGACUUUUUUUUAUCAUACAUAUGUAUGUAUGUAUGUAUGUAUGUA